AUGAACAAAAAGAAACACCAAAACGAUCCAAACGCGGACGAAUCCACCGAAUCAUGCGACGAAAACCAAAAUACCGUCGAAUGUACUCACAUCAACAAAGCUGUGGAUUUAAACAAAGUCAGAAAAAACAUUCUCAGGACCGGAUUCACCACGGAUUGCGAGGAAUGCAAGAAAGUAAACGAUGACGCCGACAUGAACGGCGACAUCGAGUUCGACAUGUCGCUGUGGCUGUGCCUGAAGUGCGGCAACCAGGCGUGCGGCAGGGGCAAGAACAAGCAUGCGAUCAAGCAUUACAACACCCCGCAUUCGGAGUCGCACGCCAUUUGCGUCAACACGACGAUUUGGUCGGUGUGGUGUUACGAUUGCGACGACGAGGUCAACAUAACCUGCAAAAAGAAACUGCUCGACGCAGUGGAAAUUCUUAGGAAGCAAUGCGAGUCCAGCAAGCCCAAGCAAAUGCUCAGUAUGCCCUCGAUAACCGAUAGGGUCAUCGAUGUGGUGUCGACGUUGCCGCUGCACAACUCCAUGGGGCCGAUGGGGGCCACCCCCAAGGAUGUCCCCAUGGCCCCUUACGUGUUCUCCAACUCUCCCCCCAGAGCUAGAGGUUUGUCCAACCUGGGCAACACUUGUUUUUUCAAUUCCGUCAUGCAAUGUUUGGGACAAACCCCCUAUCUACUGAGCUUGCUGGAUGAGACCGCCGAAACGGGGCAAUUUUUUCAACUGCCCGGGGGCAAAUGCCUCAUGGAGAACAAGGAGAACAUCGAGUUGGAUCCGAUGCAAGGUAACCUGGAGAAGUGGCGGCCCCUUUGCCAGACCCUGGCGGAAACGCUGAGGGAGCUGCAGAGCGGCCGCGCGGAGGUGUUCACCCCGCGACUGCUGCUGAGCAAGCUGAUAGCCAGGAUGCCUCAGUUCGGCGGCGGCGACCAGCACGACUCGCACGAGCUGCUCAGGCACCUGCUGGAGGCGGUGCGCGAGGAGGAUCUCAAGAGAUACAAGAGCGUCAUCCUCGAGAAGCUUGGUUUCUGCUUAGGUUUUAACAUGAAGACCGAUCCGAGCACCGUCGAGGGCGACAAGAAGAGGAUCAUCAAGUUUUACGGCCAGCAAGCCUCGGAGAUGUUACUGCCCACCGAGCAAGUGUUCAGAGGGGUCUUGGUUAGCACUUUGCAGUGCCAAACUUGCCAGCACACCUCGCAUAGGGACGAAUUUUUCCUCGAUCUAAGCCUGCCAAUAUCGGAAAAGCAAGUCCCGCCCGUCCUCAGACGCAAAGCGGAAGACAGCGACGACACGAAACCCUCGAAGCACCAAAUAAAAAAGGAGAAGCGCGCGGAACGCAAGAAAAACAAGAAGCAGAAGAACCACAAGAGCUUCUCGAGCCUGAACUCGUCGUCGAUGAGCGCGGGAGGCGAGACCGGCAUGGACAAGUCCGACUCGGAGUCCGACGCGGACGUCGAGGACAACGCGGAGGACCCCCAAAGGCUCCCCAAAGGCUCCGAGUCCGGCUACAACUCGGACAAGGUGGACGACUCGAGCCCGGACUCGGGCGGCGCCGCUGCUUCCGGCGAGACGCGCGUCGACGACAGCGGCGCGCCCAGCCCCGCGGUGGGCAUGCUGAGCGCCAGCCCCGGAGACGACAGCCCCACCUCCAGCGAGACCAACGUGGACAUGGGCAGCCCCACCUGCGGCAACAACAGUCCCAACGACGACGUGACGGAGGAGUUCGAACGUCCGGAAUCCCGACUGGCGUUCGUCAACAACAAAAGCAACGACCUGAAAGUCGACCUGGAAAAAUUAAGUCUGCUGAACGACGGCGACUCCAGCAAAGUUCCGCUCUUCGGCCACGAGGACGACGAAAUGGAGGGCGCGUGCGGAGGAAACGAGGUCGAGGAGGACGAAAAGAUGGAGGAAGAAAUGGACGACGAAGAAGACGCCAACAUGUGGACCGGCACUAUUUCGCCCCGGUACCAAUGCGAAGAAAGGGAGUGUUCAGUGCAGAGCUGUUUAAAUCAAUUCACCGAAUGCGAGUUAAUGGCGGGAAACAACAAGGUGGGCUGCGAGCUGUGCACCAAGCGCCACGGAGGACCCGAUAAAAAAACCGUCUACACCGACGCCAGCAAACAGCUGCUCAUCUACAACCCCCCAGCCGUCUUGAUUCUCCACCUGAAGCGGUUUCAGGUGUGCCGUUUUCGUUCCGCCAAAGUAUCGAAGUUCGUGAAGUUUUCUUCGCUGCUGGAUCUGGCGCCUUUUUGCUCCAAAAGGUCGCAGAAUUUACCCACAUUCGAGUAUGGGCAGUCCAAGGUCUUGUACUCGCUUUAUGGGGUGGUGGAGCACAGCGGGUCCAUACACGGGGGGCACUACGUUGCCUAUAUUAAAGUUCGGCCGAAACUGGAGGAGAAUUCCUACAGGUGGCAGUUCCUGCCCAAAAACCAGAAGGAUAAGACGGCAAAAGGGGCGAUGGGGGAACCACAGGUGCCCCCCGGGAGGUGGUACUACAUCAGCGACUCCUACGUCUCGGAAGUGCCAGAGACCAAGGUGCUCAGUGCGCAAGCAUACCUUCUGUUCUACGAGAGGAUCAUGUAG